AUGCACCCGACUGCGGUAUCGCCGGGAGUGCACCCAGCCCUGGCCGCCUUCAACCUGUUUGGCCGCCGCCAGGAGGUCAAGGACAUUCAUACGCACAAGCCCGAGUCACCCUUCUUGGAGAAGUCCGCCAAGGUGGGCCACCAGACGGUCGAGAAGGUCAAGGACGUCGGCUACGAGGCCCGCAACGCCUUCCUCAUGGCCAAGGAUCGCUCUGCCAAGGCCAAAGUAACCAUCGAGGAAGGCGCAGAGGAGCUCAAGGAAGGGGCCAAGCGGCGAUGGGACUAUGCGAAGGAGUCUGCCGAAGAGAUUGCCGAGGCCUCACAGCACGGCUGGAAGAAGGCCAAGGCAAAGGCCAGCGACCUUUCCGAGGAUGCGCAGGAGCGCUGGGAGGCUGCCAAGGACACGGCGGAGGACUACUUGGAAGACGUCAAGGAAGGCUGGGAGACGGUCAAGGACAAGGCCGAGGACAUUACCGAUGCCGCUCGCGAGAAACUCGGCGCAGCCAAGGAGACGGCCGAGAACGUGGCCGAGAACGUCAAGGAUACUGCCGAACGUGGCUGGGACAAGGCCAAGGACACUGCCGAGGACAUUUCUGACGGUCUUCGUCAUCGCUGGGAGCAGGCCAAGGACAAGGCCGAAGACAUCAAGGACUCUGCUGGUCAAGGCUUGCGCAAGGCGAAGGGCAAAGCGGAAGAUGUCGCCGACAACGUCAAGGACAAGGCUGAAGACGUGGUCGAUAGUGUCAAGGAUAAGGCUGAAGGCGUCAAGGACUCUGCCAAGCGUGGCUGGAACCGUGCCAAGGGCAAGGCAGAGGACGUUGCCGACGAUAUUCAAGACAAGGCGGAAGACAUCAAGGACUCGGCCGAGCGCGGCUGGAAUCGAGCCAAGGGCAAGGCUGAAAAUAUUGCAGACAAUGCCAAGGACACUGCCAAGCGUGGCUGGAACCGUGCCAAGGGCAAGGUGGAGGAUGCUGCGGAAGACGUCAAGGACUCGGCCGAGCGCGGUUGGGGCAAGACCGUGACCAAGGCCAAGGAUGUCGCCGACGACGUGUCCGAGGCUGUGGACGAUGCCCAAGAGAGCUGGGACGAGACCAAGGAGGAGGCCCUGGGCGCUUGGGAGAGCGCCGUGCACCAAGCACGCCGAGCUUGGCGUGAAGCGACAGGCAACCUGGAAGACGCAAAGGGCAAGGGCAAGGACAAGUGGAAUGACAUCAAGGACGAGGCCAAGGACAAGUGGAACGACAUCAAGGACGAGGCCGAGUCCAAGUGGGUGGACUCGCGCAAGCACCUGCGCGAAAAGUGGGACGAAACCACGGACAAGCUGCAAGACUCGCAGGGCGACCUGCCCGAGGAUGAUGUGCACAACAUGGACGUUCGCCGGCACCUCCGUCCAAAGUGGGACGCGUCCACCAAGGCGUCGAUUGAAACGCUGGACGACAUUGCGGCCAAAUCGUUCGAUUCUCGACGACACCUCCGCGGCAGCUGGAACAAUGACAAUCUCCAGACCGACUCGGACGACUCCAAGAUUGAGUGGAACCUGCCCAAGGAGUGGAAGGACACUCGCAAACACCUCCGCCACAACUGGGACAAGGUGACGCGCGAGUACGAGAAGGCGACCGGUCAAAGGCAAGGUUGGUUGAGCUGGAUUGGCUCCAAGCUCGGCCUCGGCGACAAGGACAGUGCCAUUCGUCGCGCGGGCUCCACUGCCUCGGAGUCCAUUCAAGGCGCGGCCAGCUCGUUCGCUGAGAAGGCUCGCAAGGCCACGGAAGAUCUGACGGCCGACGAGGUUUCGUUUGGCCCGGAAGGCAAGGGUUGGUUUAACUUGGACAAUGCCAGCACGGUGGAAUGGCUCAACUGGGUGCUGCUGUUGAGCUCUGGCGUGUUGGCCACGUUGGCCGUUGCUGCGACUGCCUACUACAAUGGCUGGCUUCAAUCGCCCUGGACUUCCGAGUACAGCGGUCGGGUGUUGCGUGUCAACGCCGUGCCCGUCCGUGGAGCUACCGCAACCCGCAUCACCUCUCGCAAGACCCGCCGCACUUCUCGCGAUCUGGGCGAGGAGCUAGAGGAUGAAGGCACCCAAGUUACCGAGACAUACGAGGCCGAGGAAGCGGUUGUGGCACCUCCGAUUCACCCGUCCCCGCGCGCGACCAAGCACAACCUGCGCAGCAAGGACUUUACCUAUGCCGAAGCUGUUGGCAACGAUGUUGAGGACAUUGACUCGGCCUUGGAGCACCAGCAAGAAAAGUUUGCCAAGGGUCACUACACACCAACGCGAGCCCGUCACGUCGAUGCUGGCGGCCGCGAGGUGCGUGGACAUUGA